CAGCGGCGGUAGUUCAGGUCAGUCAGUCCAGUCAGCAGUCAUCCUCGCGUCUAUCUAUAUUCCCUUUUCUUAAAUUAGCCACUUUAAGCUUCGCGAUACCGCCCCCAAUUUCAGCGUCGGUACGGAGCCGCCAGGCCGGGACAGAGACGGAGAGAGAGGCCUCGGCCAUGGAAGCGCUCGGACCCGGCCCGCCCGCACCAACCUCUCUGUUUCAGCCUCCACGGCGUCCCGGCCUUGGCACGGUGGGGAAACCCAUCCGGCUCCUUGCCAACCACUUCCAGGUUCAGAUUCCCAAGAUUGAUGUCUAUCAUUAUGAUAUCGACAUCAAGCCUGAGAAACGGCCUCGGAGGGUCAACAGGGAGGUGGUGGACACGAUGGUGCGGCACUUCAAGAUGCAGAUCUUUGGAGACCGACAGCCUGGCUACGAUGGGAAGAGGAACAUGUACACAGCACAUCCACUGCCAAUUGGGAGGGACAGGGUGGACCUGGAGGUGACUCUACCUGGUGAGGGAAAAGAUCAAACGUUUAAGGUGUCCUUGCAGUGGGUGUCUGUGGUCAGUCUUCAGAUGCUGCUGGAGGCUCUGUCAGGUCACCUGAACGAGGUCCCCGAGGACUCGGUUCAGGCUUUGGAUGUCAUCACGCGGCACCUGCCCUCCAUGAGGUAUACUCCUGUGGGGCGUUCCUUUUUCUCACCUCCAGAGGGCUACUACCAUCCUCUGGGUGGAGGCAGAGAGGUGUGGUUUGGUUUCCAUCAGUCUGUCCGUCCUGCCAUGUGGAACAUGAUGCUCAAUAUUGAUGUGUCAGCCACAGCUUUCUACCGUGCUCAGCCUGUGAUUGAGUUCAUGUGUGAGGUGCUGGAUAUACAGAACAUCAACGAACAGACCAAACCCCUCACUGACUCACAGCGUGUCAAAUUCACCAAGGAAAUAAGAGGCUUGAAAGUUGAGGUCACACACUGUGGUCAAAUGAAGAGGAAGUACCGUGUGUGCAAUGUAACGCGCCGACCUGCAAGCCACCAAACGUUCCCCUUACAGCUCGAGAACGGCCAAGCCAUGGAGUGCACAGUAGCUCAGUAUUUCAAGCAGAAGUACAAUCUGCAGCUCAAGUAUCCACAUUUACCUUGCCUGCAAGUAGGGCAAGAACAGAAGCACACCUACCUUCCCCUGGAGGUCUGUAACAUCGUAGCGGGCCAGCGCUGUAUCAAGAAACUGACGGACAACCAGACAUCCACCAUGAUCAAAGCUACAGCUCGCUCUGCCCCCGACAGACAGGAAGAGAUCAGCAGACUGGUCAAAAGCAACAGCAUGGUCGGGGGCCCGGACCCUUACCUGAAAGAAUUUGGCAUUGUGGUUCACAAUGACAUGACUGAAGUGACCGGCCGUGUUCUCCCAGCACCCAUGCUGCAGUAUGGGGGCCGGGUGAGUACAGACACAGGGCGGGACUGUGGCAGGGGACUCUCUCCGCAGAAUAAGACCGUGGCCACGCCCAACCAGGGCGUGUGGGACAUGAGAGGGAAGCAGUUCUACGCCGGCAUCGAGAUCAAGGUGUGGGCCGUGGCCUGCUUCGCUCCACAGAAACAGUGCCGGGAGGACCUGCUCAAGAGUUUCACUGACCAGCUACGAAAGAUCUCCAAGGAUGCUGGGAUGCCCAUUCAAGGCCAGCCAUGUUUCUGUAAAUAUGCCCAAGGAGCUGACAGCGUGGAGCCCAUGUUCAAACACCUCAAGAUGUCUUACGUAGGACUGCAGCUUAUCGUGGUCAUCCUGCCUGGCAAAACACCCGUCUAUGCUGAGGUAAAACGUGUGGGUGACACUCUGCUCGGCAUGGCAACUCAGUGUGUGCAGGUAAAGAACGUAGUGAAGACGUCCCCUCAGACCCUCUCCAACCUGUGCCUCAAGAUCAACGCCAAGCUGGGAGGAAUCAACAACGUCCUGGUGCCUCACCAGAGGCCCUCCGUGUUCCAGCAGCCGGUCAUCUUCCUGGGUGCAGAUGUCACCCAUCCUCCAGCAGGUGAUGGGAAGAAACCGUCCAUUGCAGCAGUAGUGGGCAGCAUGGAUGGCCACCCGAGCCGUUAUUGCGCCACGGUGCGAGUACAGACGUCCAGACAAGACAUGUCACAGGAGCAGCUCUUUAGCCAAGAGGUGAUCCAAGACCUGACCAACAUGGUGCGGGAGCUUCUCAUCCAGUUCUACAAAUCAACGCGCUUCAAGCCCACACGGAUCAUCUAUUAUCGCGGGGGUGUGUCAGAGGGACAAAUGAAACAGGUAGCGUGGCCAGAGCUGAUAGCUAUCAGGAAGGCCUGUAUCAGUCUGGAGGAGGAUUACAGGCCAGGCAUUACUUACAUCGUGGUCCAGAAACGUCAUCAUACUCGUCUCUUCUGCUCUGACAAAGCUGAGCGGGUCGGGAAGAGUGGAAACGUCCCAGCAGGCACCACGGUGGACAGCACCAUCACACACCCGUCCGAAUUUGACUUCUACCUGUGCAGCCAUGCAGGGAUUCAGGGAACCAGUCGUCCCUCCCACUACCACGUCCUGUGGGAUGACAACUGUUUCACUGCCGAUGAACUGCAGCUCCUCACCUACCAGCUGUGCCACACUUACGUCCGCUGCACGCGCUCAGUCUCCAUCCCAGCACCAGCUUACUACGCUCGGCUGGUGGCUUUCAGAGCCCGCUAUCACCUGGUGGACAAAGACCAUGACAGUGCUGAAGGCAGCCACGUGUCGGGCCAAAGUAACGGCCGGGACCCUCAAGCGUUGGCUAAAGCAGUCCAGAUCCACUAUGAUACCCAGCACACCAUGUACUUCGCCUGAGCUAGCAAGCACGUCAGCCAGUCCACCCGCGGAUUCCCUUUCUCUCUGUUAUUUACCUCUCUCUCUUUCUCUCUUUCUUCUUCUGCCACCUCUCUCUCUCUCCUUGUAGUCCGUCUUUCUCUCUUCACACUCAUUCUACAUUUUCUGAAUCUGCACCAAAGCGGCUCUUGGACGGGGGAAUCUGCCGCGUCUUUACACCCGGCAGGUUUUUUUGUUUCAAGGAACAAUUUCCAACCAGCGUUCCCAACCCGAGCCGCCUUUUCAAACCAGCAAUCCAGCACUGCGAGCCCCGCAGAGGGGUUUCCACUGCACAAAAGAAGAAACAAAACCGUACAUACUACAAGUUGAGCCAUUAUUUUGAGUUUGUUUUUUUUCUAUUUGAAUGUCUGCACUCUUGUGUUUGUAAGAUACACUGAGCAAGGGAGUGGAUUGGCACAGUUUGUGUCAGCGCAGCUCUUUAGCUCUCCCAGCUAAGCAGGACUCUUAUCUACUUUUACCUCAAAGCCCCUUUGGGCAAAAAUCUGUCACAAGGUCUUGGGUUUAUUGGGUGGAGGGGAGGGGACUAUACAGGAAAAGAGCUGGAGGGAGGGGAGUCGACCUUUUGAGAAUGAUAUAUAUAUAUUUUUCCUUUUUAUGAGCGUGUGUUUUAACUUUUUCUCCUUUACCGUCUUUUACAAGCGAGGUGACCUGGGUGUCAUGCCCAUUACUACUUUCCUCCCAUCUUAGCAAAGAAGUCUUUAUGUGUGAGUGCGUGUAUGUGUGCAUCUCUGUAUAUACAUGUUCUGCUGUAUAUGAGUGUUUGUGAGCGCACGUGUGUUUCAUGGCAGGCCACUGAAUUGUAAAGGGAAAUCAAGGAGAUAACUGCUGUAAAUGCCUCAGAUUUGUUGUUUUUAUAUUCACACAUACAGUACAUAUAAGCAUAUAUUUACAUCUAUAGAGCAACUUUGAGACAUAUGACUUAAAACAGGCCUCACAGAGGCUGGUGUGGGUAUUUGUAGCAGCCCUGAAUCACUUCUUAAUCGAAAUGCGUUCAGUUAUGAGUUAGCUUGAUGCCAAUGCUAGAAACAAGGUGCCUUCGUGUGCCUAAAAAAUGAAGUAAUUGAGUGUUUUUGAAUAUUAAGUGAGUUCAGGUCUGACGUGUAGCAGUAGUAACCGCGGUCUGGCCUGUGACUGGCUCAGCAUUGGGACCUGUUGAACGGCUGAAGGCAUAAACGCAGAAUACGGUCUUAUCAGCCUUUCUGUGUGAAAGCAGGAUCUUAAUUUUUUUUGGACCUGAAAGAUAUUAUGACGACACUGCUGGGCGUUGCUUUACUUUGUUUUUUUCUUUUUGUAUUAGUUUCAAGGGCCGGAAACCAAUGUAGUUUUUUGUUUAUUUUGAGGUCUCCUUUGCUAACUGGCCAACUCAUUGCACUGACCCGGGACGCUAGGCAAGCAACAGAGGGCACUCUCAAUCUCUCUUACCUUUAUGCAUUUAUACAUACGAAUCAACAAAGCAGAUUUGUAAAAGUUUAAUAUAAGAUGUUUUGUGGUUAUCUUAAAAAAAGAACUGUUGUUUAGACUUAGUAGUUUACCAUUGAUGUUGUUGUUGUUAUCGUUGUUGUCAAUGUUGUUACUAUUGUGAUGAAAUUUUAAGGUUGGCGGACAAAGCCAGUUCUAUAGUUACUAGUACGAUUCAGGAAUAGAUUUCAGUUUUCGAGCUGCAGGUGAAAGGGGGUAGAGCUUUGGGUUUUAUUUUGUAGCAUUCGGGUUCAUAAUGAGAAGAAGUAAGGCCCCAGGACGGAUGCUACCUCGGUAGGACGAGCGUCAAAUCUAGCGGCAGGUUCAAGGUAACGUGUAGCACUCCAGAUCUGCCGCUGUGUUUAUCAUUCAGCUGGCUUCUGUGGGAUUAAGAUCAGAUAGAUGGAGACAAUCAGGGAUUGUAAUCAGAGUGAACCUAGAUUAAGGGAUUCUGUUGAAGCGAUAGGCAAUGAGUUGAAUUUUUAGACUUUUUAAAAAUGGUUUCUAUUAUCUGUGUGUAUUUGAAGUAUACCCAUCUUAAAGUCUCUUAAAGCUAUUUGACUGUGUUUGUUCCAGAUUUUUAUGCAUUUUUAACACUGGAUUAAAUGAAUCGACAAUAAGCAUAAGCACUGCCCUCGGACCCCGUGUACAAACACUUAUGGUGCCCCCUGGUGUCGCAAUUGGGGAAAAAACGCAGGAUAGGGACUGAAGGGAGGGAGGUCGACGUGCACGCCUCAUCAGGGGGGGAACGGCUCAGUGAAAACGCUUUUGUAAUAAACCACCCGUAAAGCAGCAGGUUUACUAUGAAUGAGUUUGAGCACCCGCCUGUUGGAGGCGUGGGCGUUGGCGCGGGCAGGAACCGAGGAGAGCUGGUAAGGGGAAGGCAAGGGUCGAUAAUAGGGAAGGGGGUUGUCCAGGCAUUGCAUGCAAUAAGUUUUUGUUAAAAAAGGGCAGAUCAGAUUUUAAAACAUGCACUAGCUCUAAGCAAACCCGGCUGUGGUUAAACAUUCAUCUGGCAUCUCUAAAGGGGGUUUUUAUACAAGAUUAGAUCCUGAAACUCCAGUCUGAAGAACAGUCACUCCCUGUUUGUAACAUUGCAAAGCAAUAUUAAACCCAGUUCUAGUUUCAAACACGGAUAAACAAAGCUAUAAUUCUACUCAUUGUGGUUGUUGGUCUACUCUCGCAGUUGUGUCUCUGUACUUUUUAUUUUUUUAACUUUUAGUUCAUUUGAUUUGCUUGUAUCAAUCAGUGGGAAUGUGCAUUUGGUGGAAUAGUUAUGUAGGCUUUAGACAAUGUUUCUUUUUUCAAGUAACAAAAUGUAGACUUUGCUCGCCUGCAUGCCAGAGUAUCGUCCUUUUUGAAAAAAGACAAAAAAACUUUUUUGGAAUCAUAUUUAUUAUGAGAAAGAAAACAUAUAAAUGCUUUUUUGGGUAAAUGUUUAUGGAUUUAGUGGGACUGUUUUAGGCUAGCAAUAUUUGUCCAGUCUCUCCAAGACACAUUUUAAAGAUUCCUACACAAAUGUCAGUAAUUUUAGGAGGUACACUCUUUCUGGAGGGGAGGGGGUCGGAUCUUUGCAUCGUGUUCAAAUCCAAACGAGGUACUUUCUUCAAACGUGAACCAUGUGAAAGAACGAAGCCCUCUCCUCCUUUGCCAGGUUACUGCAGGGGAGCGUCCACUUAAGUCUCCUCGCUCCUGGUUUGUACCUGUGGCCACACCUCCUGGUUGGGGCUCUCCUGUCUCCAUGGCAACUACGCUGACCCCUCACGAAUGCACUUCCUCUUUGUGUCGGGGUCCUGGAGCAGGAUUCCCUCUUUUUAACCUUUUUAGAAAAAGAUCCAUAAAUCUUUCUGUGCCCCGAUAUUCAGAGAGCAUGAAUUAUUUUUAAAUUCCUCUCACUUUGAUAUAUUGUUAUAUCUUAACAGAUUUGUAAUUUGACAUUGUGUAUCGUGUAUUUUAUUUGCCCUUCUUUCAGUUCCUGUUUUUCGGGGGGAUUUGUUAUAGCUUUGCUCUGUUUCUUUUCCUUUCUGCUAGUGGUCUCUGAAGCUGUGUCUGAUUGUCUCAUAGCAAUAGAAUCACAGAGUUGGAACAUUCCGAUUCUGUGAAUGAACGGAAUCCUUCCAGUUGUGAGGAGGCGGGGUUAUGUUGUAGCUCCACCUCCUAGCAGAGGGCCAUUCAAACGCUGGUAUUGCUAUUAUGUGACAUGUUCAAAUUCAUUUUUUUUUUUAGCCUGCAGGGAAUUCUUGUGUUAAUGUGCAAAGUAAUAAAUUGGUAUUUUAUGCCCAU